UGUGGGUGGGGCCAGCAGAUGCAGGUAUAUAGCCUCCCUGCAGGGUUGAUCCAGCACACCUCCACUGAAUAUUCCACUGUUUAACAGCUGCCUGUGUGCACCUGCUGAAGAAAUAUGGUAAAGCGUGUUGCAGUUAUCCUCUCUGGCUGUGGGCUCUAUGACGGGACAGAAAUCCAUGAGGCAUCUGCAGUCCUUGUCCAUCUAAGUCGUGCCGGUGCAAAAGCACAGAUGUUUGCUCCAAAUGUGGAUCAGAUGCACGUUGUAGAUCACGCCACCGGGAAACCAAUGGAGGAGAAAAGAAAUGUCCUGCAGGAAAGUGCACGAAUAGCUAGGGGUGAGGUGACUGAUCUGGCUAAAUUAGACGUUUCAGAAUAUGAUGCUGCCAUCAUCCCAGGGGGUUUUGGUGUGGCUAAAAACCUGAGUGACUGAGCAGUAAAGAAUAAGGACUUCACAAUCCAGCCACUUGUGGAGAAGGUCAUCAAGGCAUUCCACCAGGCCAAGAAGCCUAUGGGCAUGUGCUGUAUCGCUCCUAUCCUUGUUGCUAAAAUCCUGCCAGGCUGUGAGAUCACCUUUGGCCAGGACAAAGAGUGUGAGAAGUGGCCGUUUGCUCAGACAGUUGCUGCUGUGAAAGAGAUGGGAUGCAAACAUGUGAAUACGAAUGAGGACGUAGCACAUGUUGACGUCAAAAAUAAGCUUGUCACCAACUGUGCCUUCAUGUGCAAUGCUCCCAUUCAUAAAAUCUAUGAAGGGAUCGGCAUCAUGGUUAAGGAAACACUUAAAAUGGCUUAAAAUAUCUUAAAAUUCCUACAGACUGUUUGCAUUUAUUUAUUCACUGCUAAAGCUACCCUUUGUGAUUUUUACUGUCCAGGCAUUGUGUUACAAUUAAUAUCAAGUUAUAUCUCUGCCGACUUACUGAACAUUCAUCUGAUAUAUUGGCAUUAUGUUGUUUUUGAGAUCUUUAAUAAAUGAAGUUAAAUCUGAAAA